GGAUCUGGGUAAAAGUCAGAAACUUUUUUUUAACAACAAAAGGAAAUAGAUUAUUCGGAAGUCGUCUCAAAAACUGGGAGAUCUCCCUGGUUAGCUGGCUUACUACUACAGGCUGCAACAGGAAAUUAGCGCAGGAGGCUGAAGUUUAGACUGGACCAGGGCCGUCCUCUUCUCGAGGGCUAAUUUUUUUUUUUUAAUUCCGGGGGAGGAGGUUCUUGUUUUGUUACAUGAGGCGAGGGGUUCAAAAUGACAUUUCUGCACCUCGCAGUGGUAUAGUCCGUUUCCCCUGCUCCCGAGCCUUUGCCGCCUCAUCCUGUUGCACCAAGGCUGCUGUAUACCAUGAAGUGCCGGAUCCGUUUGGGUUACCAAAGAGAGACCCGCAAGGAUCAUGUGACGUCGCCCAAGCCAGCUCAAUCCCCGUAGUACCACUCCCGCGGUUCUGAGGGUCUGAAAGGAAACGGCGAGCCCCACGGACUUCGACUCGGCUUUGCCUAGCGGAGAAUUUCUGCGGCAGGAUCCACGGGGAGCAGGCAGCCGGGCCGCGGCCUUUUCGCGGGCAGGGUGAGGCGACCGCGGCAGCGGGAAGAAGAAGAGGCGGACCUCGACCGACCGGUCGCCAGAGGAAGAAGCGGCAGGAAUCCCUCCCCUCCGCCGCCGCCGCCUCCUCCUCCACACCCUCGCUUUCCGGCCUACUCGCGAGCUGCCGCAGAGGACCUUCCCUGAGCUCUUCUUCAGCCAGUUAUAUUUAAGGGACUGAGCUGAUAUCAGUAUUUGAGGCUUGGAAUAACACAUGAGUUGUGUGGUGAAGAUACAUAUAGUACCUUGCUUCAACAGUGUUGUCAGCUGGAACAGGACAUGGGGCAAGUUGCUGAAGCAUGGCUUGAAUGCCAGAAAAGAAUAGAUGAUUAUGUUGCUGAAGAGGCAAUGAAAACAAAGCAGCAUUUUCUGAAAGAAGACUGGGAGGUUUUUAAACAGAGGCAUUUCAUAGAACAGUUAAAUAGCAAGAAAGAAAUAUCUGGAGACAGUAACUUCACAGAAACAAUGAGACAUCUGUUGUCAUCACAACUGAGUAUCUCUGACUGUCCCAAUUGCAAUUAUAGACGGAGAUGCACUUGUGAUGACUGCAGUCUUUCUCAUAUUCUGAUGUGUGGAAUCAUGGAUACACCAGUCACAGAUGAUGUCCAUAAUAAUCAUCUUCCACCGCAAACGGAUUCUGCCUCAGAUUGUCAGUCUGACAUCUAUCUACCUAAUAUGUCGUCAGGAAGUUCAGAAUCCAGAUCCAGUUCUCCUUUCACUGUUCUGCAGAUAGAUGGACCAAGAGUUCUGCCAGAUAACGUAUCUGGACUAACUUUCAGCACUGAAAAUGAAGAUGUUGCAGUGAUAUCGGAGAAACUUGGUGAUCUGUACUCCAUUAAUCACUAUGAUAGUGCUAACAUAGAAGAUAUGAAUGGUAUCCACAGAGAGCUAAAUGGUGGAGUCGACAAUGCAGCAUUAAGAUAUGAGGGCAGCAGCAGCAGUAGCAGUUCAUCGGAAGUAGAUGCUGAGGAGCCCAUUGAAGAGAAUGGUAGCAAUCUGGCCAGAAUUCAAGAAGAUAAUUUAGUACUUGGAAGAAAUGUGAUAAGGAAUGAAGAAACCAAAAGAGAUAAUCUUGUGGCAUCAUACCCUACUCAGGAGGCUGAUCAAGUACCAGCUUGUUGUGAAUGCCAUAUCUGUAAACAGGAAACCCAAGGCACCUCCCCUUCAGACACAGAAGUGAGAUGUCUUCCUGCUGGGCAUCAGUUUAAAAUCCCAGAAAAGCAUGCACAUUCUGGCCUUCAUCUUUAUCCUCACAUCCAUGGAAAAAUACCACUUCAUACUAUUCCUCACUUACCUCCUACACUAAUUCAUCCCUCCUUCUAUACAGCUUCUCCUUUUACACAGAAUAAGGCACUGGUUCAGAAUCAAACAGUUAAUCAGCAAAUACUCAGUACAUCAUUUCAAGACCAUAUCUAUUCAAGUGGCUUAGGUAAUACUACAGAUUGGAAGAGCUCUAAAUUUCUUAGCAUUUGGGGAUCAGAAGUCAUGAAUGAGAAGGACUGGAAUGCCUCCAACAUUUUACAAGACACACUCUCUGGGAGUGAUACGGUAGCAUCCACUGUCUCGGAACUGGGUCCUACUGUUCCUGUAGCAGCCAGAAAGGAAGGAAUCAUAGGAGCUGAAAGCAAAAAGAAGGAAAAUAUUUUAAAGAAAAAAUGUCUUUAUCAUUUUCAAGAUGCUUUUAUGGACACCAAUGAAGUAGUUAUGGCAACAUCUUCAGCAACAUCUUCAGUUUCAUGCACGGCUACUACUGUACAGUCAAGCAACAACCAGUUUAAAGUUUCAUCUAAAAGAUCAUCAUCACUAAGUGAUGUGUUCCACAGUAUUACUGCAGAGGAUCAUAGGUGUUCUGCAUCAGCUGCACCACAAAGCAGUCCCACUAGUUUAGCACCACUUUCCUCUCUUUCCCCUGUGGUGCUUUCUCCGGCUUCAACUUCCCAUCUCCCAAGCCCUAAUACUCCAUCAUUCUCCAGAGUUAUCACAACUGCUCCUGGCUUUGUGGAUCCCCAUCCAGGCUUUUAUGCCACAACUGCUGCAUCUCCUUCAGCCAAAGAAAAUUUGAGUAGUGCUCCAUCAAGUGUUUGCAGUGAUCCUGAUUGUGAAGGCCAACACUGUGAGAACAUUAGUAUAUAUGAUCACCCACAAUAUGAUGGUGAAGACAGCCAAGAUGAUGAUAGCUGUUCAGAGCAUAGUUCAAGUACGUCAGCAUCCACAAACCAAAAAGAAGGAAAAUACUGUGACUGUUGCUACUGUGAAUUUUUUGGCCAUGGAGGACCACCAGCAGCACCAACCAGUCGAAAUUACACUGAAAUGAGAGAAAAACUUAGGUUGCGUUUAACAAAGAGAAAAGAGGGACAACCCAGGAAACUGGAGCUGAACUCAGAUAAGGAAACUGUUAUUGAUCAUCGAAAAGUAGAAGACUUGCUACAGUUUAUAAACAGCCCCGAGACAAAGCCAGUAAACAGCACACGGACAGCCAAAAGAGCAAGGCAUAAACAAAAAAAGUUAAAAGAAAAGUCACAUUCUGAGAUAGAACACAGAGAUUCUCAGCUGCUUGAACAGCAAUGUCAGGAAGAGGAGGAAGCACAACAACUGCAAGAUUUAAAAUCAGCAAAGAAAAAGAAAAAAGAGAGAACAAGCACAAACUGCCAGAAAGUGAAAGUGCUUACCCAGAAGUGUCAAGUAAAGGGAAAUUCUUCCUCAGACACCCUAAAAUGCAUUCAAACUGAACUGUCAGGAAAAAUAGAAACAUCAUCUGAAUCGCUAGCCAAAAAUGCAAAUCUCGUUGAGCAGGAGGAGACUUCUGAAAAUUUUGGUGAGGCCUCUAAUGAUCCAGUAAAUGGGAAAGACUCAAAGCUGCUCUUCAAGACAGAGAUGACAGUGAAAUCACAUGAGCCCCUUUCUUUGCUUCUAAAUAUAAUGCAUCAACACACAGAAGAUAAAAGCAAACAGCAAAUUACACAAAUAAGUAAGCUCUUUGCUCAGCAAUUGAAAAAGCCUUCCAAAAGCGAUAAUCAGCCUAAGCUAAGAAACAAAAUGCAAUCUAAAUUAAAAGUCACUGAACUCCAGUUAAUUUCUGCCUCCAAAAAAGAGGAGAAGAAAGUAAGCAGUAGUAAAACAAGACAAAUGAAUUCUGUAGCAAAAUCAUCUCUGGGGAGAAGUACUGUUCUUCCAAGUGAACAGCUGCAUAACAAACUACUGUCACAAGAUUCUCCUCAGCCAAAAAGCAAAAGCAAGAAAAAUAAGAAAAAGAAAAGUGACAAAGGAAAUUCAUCAAUUGAUGAUGUAUUUUUGCCCAAAGAUGUUGACUUAGACAAUGUAGAAAUGGAUGAGACAGAGCGGGAAGUGGAGUAUUUUAAAAGGUUCUGCUUAGAUUCUGCCAGACAAACAAGGCAACGACUUUCCAUCAACUGGUCCAACUUUAGCUUGAAGAAAGCCACCUUUGCUGCCCACUAAAGGACAAGAUAUGGAGUAUGACUACUGGGCAAUCUAAUGACUGUUUUUAGUUUCCCAGAUGCAAAGAACUUUUGUGGCCUUGAGACAGUUAACUUUAUUAAUUGUGCUGUGUGGAUCUAGCCUUUAUCCUGAUUACUCUCAAAGACUGAAAAAUUACUGCUUUCUCCCUGCAUUUAUUAGUUUCUGUGACUGGCACUUGUGAAUGAGAGUUAUCCGAUUGUAGCUUGCAAUUGUUGGAACCGGAACAAUAGCAUGUUUCCCAUCUCUGGAAGAGGAAAAAAACUUGGCCUCAAAGAUUUUUAGCAGCUCAAUUGAAUCCAGGCUCCGAAUUUGUCUCAGCUGCUCAGUGGUUUUUCACAACAAUGAAUCAAGCCAAUUCAGCCCUUUUAUCCAAUAGACUUCUCUAAACACAAUGUCAUGAAAAAAAAUACUCUUUUGAGACAUGCAUUAAUUUUUGUUUUCCACAGUCUACUGUUAAGAAUGUACAAGUUAAACUGUUUGUGUUUUGAUUCCAAAUUUAUAGCCAGCUUGUGUUGAAAAAAAAUAUGCGGAAGAAGGUCUAACAAAUGAGUAAUUACAUAUAAGAUCAGUAAAAUUGUAUAACUAUAUUAACACUGAGGAGUAUUCGGCUAAUUUUUAACAUAUUGUUAAAUAAUAUUAAAAUCAUGCCUUUCUUGUUGAAAGAUGGAUUACAUUAGUAA